AUGGAUGAUUAUGUCAAUGAGACAGUGGAUAUAGCAACCGUUGUUGAAGCAAGUGACGAGAAUGAGAAUACCUGGACAUCGCGACAGGCAAAUUUAUGGCAGGAAUUAGAGAAUUACCAACGACAACCACCUUCGAUAGUUCUAUUAUACGCCAACUACCCCGAGGAAAGCAUUGACGACUCGCCCGUCCUAAGGCAAAAAAAUCCAGACGUCUUUUUCCCUCCUGACUUCUUCCCCGUCAUCAAGAAAGACCUGAACGGCACAUUCUUCUGCGAUUAUGAUAUUGACGAUGAUGGAAAAGUCACCAAGCAUUUAUCAUGGACCUGCUUCAAGAUCAAACAUGUCAUCAAACCAGGCCGAUACUCCUGGAUCCAGACAGCCGUCUUCGUCCAAUGGCACCCGCAAGCAGACCGCCAGCUCGUCUUCUUCUUGAACCUACCGGACGUCGUGGCACAGUAUCUCGUCGUACAUCGACCCUCCCCAACCCACCGGGGGAAUCCAUACGUCUGGCACACGCUUUUCGCGCAAGGUGUGGUCGAAGAAUACGAUACGUCGAUCUGGUCUCUGCGGCAUCUGGUCCGGCCUAUCGAGAAGGCCCGCAACGAACCAAAACCGCCCGCGCUUAACUUCCCUAACCUGCACGACAUUGCCCGGCACAUCUUUCACGCGAACGAGACCCUCGAGGUAGCCACGCACACAUUGCAGUCUCUAAUCGACGAGCAGGCGCGCUUCCGCGUCGAGUAUGCAGAGCUCACAAACAAAAACCGGGGCAGCUGGAUCAACACCGCGCAGCGGGCGCACUUCGUUGCAAAACAGCUGCAUUCGCUCCUGACGCGGUCGCAAUCGCUUAGUGAGCGGCUGCGCAACGAGAUCAAUCUGGCGUUUAAUCUUGUUUCGCAGAAGGAUAGUGCAAUGAUGAAGACAGUGGCGUUUGUGAGUAUGGUUUAUUUGCCGGGGACGUUUAUAUCGGGUCUGUUCGGGACGAACUUCUUCAAUUUGUCGAAUGACGGUGGGGGGAAGUCGUGGAUCAUGUCCGGGAAUUUCUGGCUGUACUGGGUUAUCACGCUACCGCUGACUUUGGCGACGGUGCUGGUCUGGGCCUCGUGGCAUUACUUCCCGCAUUAUUACCCGCGUAUGAGUCGCAAGCCGCUGAAGGGCGCUGACUCGGCUGCUUGA